AACACAGUUGAGCUACAGCUAAACAGACGGUUAUUUUUUUUUUAUCAAAAUAUGACGAUUUUAAAGAAUAUUCAGUACAGAAUUCUCUUGCCGUGGCUGAUAUUAAUAGGUAGAGAGGUUCUCGCUGAACGCCCAACCAUUAGAAUGGCUGUUACAGCUACUUUCCGUAGGAACUCUUGUCCGGAGCCAUCAGAUGAUCUGGAACCUUCGUUUCAUACAAUGAUGAAAGGGGCUAAGUUGGACACGGUCGCAAACUGUACCAAACAUAACUGCAGCUACACGUACAUGUAUGUCAUUGCAGCUUGUGAUGGAGGGCAAAAUGGAGAUGGGCGAAGAAAAAGAAAUAUUAAAAUUAUAAUAAAGAAUGCGAAACAAAGACGGAGAUAUUUGAUAGGAAAGAAAUACUUGCCUUCAACCCUACAUUACAGAGAAAAAGGAGAGACUUCCCACAAAGGUAUCAACAUCGGGCAUUAUUUGUUUCCUAAGUGGACAUCUGGAAACCUACCUAAAAUAUUAAGAAGACGGAGAACUAGUUGCAGUUGUCUUAUUGGUGUACACUUUACUCUAAAUGUGCAACUCAUCGAAGGAAAUUACAGUGACGCUGUCACUGCAGCUAAAUCAACUCUCGAGUCCACAAAGCAAAAUUUGUCAGUUGCAUUCCAUGAUGGUGUGUUAAAAUUCAUAUAUGGUGCACAUGCAUCCCCACUGUCGCUGGCAGAUUUCUCCGUCGUAAGUCCGUCAAAUUCAACCUGUCCGAAUGGAUCCGUCAUCAACGUGACCUCAGUCACAUGCGAUUUCUGUCCAGAAGGUAGUUUCCAUAAUCUGACCAAUUCAAGGUGCCAACCCUGUGCCAUUGGUCAGUAUCAGCCGGAAAAAGGCCAGUUGCAGUGCGUCCAGUGUCCACCGUGGAAGUCCACUUUUACCGAAGGAACCACAGACGUUGACGGGUGCCACUGUAAGUUCUACUCUAAAUAUCGGUAA